AGCAAGUGUACGCAAUUGGAUCACCAUCGCCUACACAACGUAAUCGCAUUGACAACCAACUAACUCUUGACGAUUCAAUAGAAAAAGGUAGCUUACACCAACUUCCGCGACUGUCCAACUGUUGUAAUACAUCUUCUCCCAUACAUACACUCAACUCUUUUUAAUCAAAUCAUCCAUCAAAUCUGUCUUCUUGCACGCCAACCUAAGAAAAGAGACCCCAUCCGCUAAAGCUUAACCCACGUCACUCUAGUCCAACCAAACCACCAAACCAACCAUCAAGAUGCUCCGCACCACCGUCUCCAAGCUCGCUCGCCCUACCGUUUCCAGGGCUUUUGCGACCACCUCCCGCGCUCUCGCCGGUGAGACCGGUGCUCCCCCCAAGACCGGCGGCCCAGGUGACGCUUUCCAGCGCCGCGAGAAGGCCAACGAGGAUUUCGCUAUCCGCCAGCGCGAGAAGGAGAAGCUCCUCGAGCUCAAGAAGAAGCUUGCCGAGCAGCAGAAGCACCUCAAGACUCUUUCUGAUCACAUUGACGAGAUCACCAGGGAGCAGGGCGGCGAGCGCAACUAAACGAACAACAAGCAACAAUAACAACCCAUAAACAUUAUUAUUUUUCUUCUUCCUCUGCUUAUUAUCAUUCCCUCUCGCGACGUCCCAUCGCAACACACGCCACUACGCCUACGCAGUAUGAAUGCAAUGAAAUGAGAAAAGCCAUGGAUUGGGGGGGUUAGGAAAGGAUGGGACUUGGGGAUACGGGGACGGCGCGCCGAGGAUGAAUGUCAUCUUACACAUAUCUCAAACUUACCCCUUGUAGCAAUAUAGCGAGCAAAGCCAUGAUCGAUGAUCACAAAAUCACGACCGGGGGACCUAUGGACCUCACAAGUUGCAUCAAUGAGACGAACAAGUGUCUAAAGCAAAACCGUGACGGAGCUGAAGAGAAAGUCAGUCCAAGGAGUCUAACCGUUCCUGUGCUGCUUACAGUAAGGGCGAUAAGUAAUGGGUUCAUCAGCUUCGCGCACUUGGGAC